ACCUCCAUGGUUAGGACCUGCACAUUUCGUCAAGGUCUUGAGAUGUAAACAGUGCUAGCUCUAACCCUGGACUAAGCCUAACCAUAGAACUGUACUGAUACGAUCCAUGGCCUAACCCUUACCCUCACGUCCAUAAUGCACAAUCAACAUAUGACGUCAUAUAUAAGACCGUCUCCGAUCUAGCGUUCACCAUGUGCUAGACCUUCUCCGAUCUUGCGUUCUCCAUGCGCUACAUCUAGAUCGCCUUCGAUUUCGAUUUUCCUUGACCUUGUUACAACAUUUAUUUAAAGUAAAAUUGACGAAAUCUCCCGCAAUAUCUUUAUUAAGAUUACAACCCAUACUUAUUUUUCUCAUGCAAUUGAGUGAAGUAUAAAUAGGUAUUUAAACACAAACAAGGAUUUAUAAAUUUUAUUUGCAGACGAGAUAUUGAAGAAACUUAGGUUAGUAAUAGUAAUCGAAGUAUUGUGUAUGACUGGAUAACGGUGACUUGUGCCGGUACAACGUUUACAACAACGAUAUUAGUUCACAUGUUGAAAGCUGAUAGCUCAUUAGCUGAGUGGUAUUUACAAUGACUCUAAAAUUGGUUACCAAUAAGGAUAAAGCUGCCGUUUUGUUGACUAGUAAAUAUGUCCAACUCAAUGGUGGCAAGUUACAAAUUGAGGAAGGUGUCAAUACAAGUCUUUCUGUUGAUGGACAGACCAGUUUUACAACACCAUCAUCUAUUUGUCGUUACUUAGCUCGAAGUAAUCCAAGUCUUGCUCUACAAGGUUCAACAAAUCUACAAAAGACCGAGGUGGACCAUUGGAUGACAUUUUCUAGAAGACGUCUAGCUUGUACAUCAGAUUUCAAAGAUGCCAUUGAAUAUCUGGAUAGAGCUUUGGCCCCAGUAACCUAUCUAGUUGGCCAUGGUCUAACAUUGGCUGAUUUUUGUGUGUGGGAAACCUUAUACAUGAGCUCUGUGUGGCAGAAGAUGGUAGACGAUGCGAAUUGUUGUCUUAAUGUGAAGAGAUAUUAUCAGUUUUUAUCAAAUCAAGAAUUGUUUGGAUCUGUUCUCUCCGAACUUAAACCAUCAGGAAAUUCUACAAAAACAGAAAAGGCUGGGGAUAGUUCUAUUAAAAAGGAUGAAGGUAAAUUUGUUGAGCUACCAGGUGCAGAGAUGGGUAAAGUUAUUGUUCGAUUUCCACCAGAAGCCAGUGGAUAUCUACAUGUUGGUCAUGCUAAAGCUGCCCUACUUAAUCAAUACUAUCAACAAAGUUUUAAUGGUAAGCUUAUCAUGCGUUUUGAUGAUACUAAUCCUGCUAAAGAGAAUGCUGAAUAUGAGAAGGUUAUUUUGGAAGAUAUAGCCAUGUUGGGUAUAAAAUAUGACAUCUUCACCCAUACCUCGGAUCAUUUCGAAAAAUUACAAGAUUAUUGUGAAGUUAUGAUACGUAAAGGCAAUGCAUAUGUUGAUGACACAGAACCAGAAGUCAUGAAACAAGAAAGAGAAGAUCGCAAAGAAUCUAAAAAUAGAAACAAUAGUGUCGAUAAAAAUAUGGAAAUGUGGAAUGCAAUGAAGAAAGGAAGUGAGUUUGGGCAGAAGUGUGCUGUUCGUGCUAAAAUCAAUAUGUCUAGUGAUAAUGGAUGUAUGAGAGAUCCAACUAUUUAUAGAUGUAAAAAUGAAACCCAUAUUAAAACAGGAGAUAAAUACAAGGUUUAUCCUACGUAUGAUUUUGCAUGUCCUAUAGUUGAUAGUGUUGAAGGUGUAACACAUGCUCUAAGAACAACAGAGUAUCAUGAUAGAGAUGAUCAAUAUUUCUGGUUCAUUGAUGUGUUGGGAUUAAGGAAACCACAUAUAUAUGAAUACAGUCGUCUGAACCUACAGAACACUGUUAUGUCAAAACGUAAACUGACAUGGUUUGUAAAUGAAGGUCUGGUUGAUGGCUGGGAUGAUCCUCGUUUUCCUACAGUUAGAGGUGUAUUAAGGCGUGGUAUGACUGUAGAUGGUCUAAAGCAAUUUAUCAUUUCACAGGGUUCUUCAAGAUCUGUCAAUAUGAUGGAAUGGGACAAAAUCUGGUCUGUCAAUAAAAAGGUAAUAGAUCCUGUUGUACCAAGAUAUACAGCUUUAUCAAAAGAUGAUGUUGUUCCUAUUCAUGUAAAUGGAGCUAAAGUUGAAUCAAAAGAAGUAGCUGCUCACCCUAAGAAUAAAGAUGUUGGUAAUAAAACAGUAUGGUAUGGACCAAAGAUAUAUAUUGAUGGAGCAGACGCUAAGGUUAUCAAGGAAGGAGAAACAGUGACAUUUAUUAACUGGGGAAACUUGGUCAUUAAAUCUAUUAAAAAGGAUACUAAAGGCAAUGUUACAUCAAUUGAAGCUGAUUUGAAUCUAGAUAAUACAGAUUUCAAAAAAACACAAAAGUUAACCUGGUUAUGUGAAUGUCCACAAGGUGCCUUUAUACCAACAGUCUGUGUUCAGUAUGAUCACAUCAUUUCUAAACCAGUUUUAGCUAAAGAUGAAGAUUUUAAGACCUACAUUAACAGAGAUUCCAAGAAAGAAGAACUGAUGUUGGGUGAUCCAUUUUUAGCUUUAUUAAAGAAAGGCGAUAUUAUACAGUUACAGAGAAGAGGUUAUUUUAUAUGUGAUCAACCAUAUGAACCAAUUAGUCCAAAUACAGGAAAAGCUAACCCUUGUGUAUUAUUGAAUAUACCUGAUGGUCAUCAGAAAGAAAUGCCAACUGCUGGUUCAAAACACAAACCUUCAGAACUUAGUGCUAAAGAGAAAGUCAGCAGUAAGAAAGGUAAAGCUAGCGAGAAAUCACCACAAGAUGACAGUCCUCCCCCAAUAAAAUCUGAAUCAUCAUCAGCAAUUGAUGUCGACAAGAAAAUUAGAUCUCAAGGAGAUCUUGUACGAAAAUUAAAAUCCGACAAAGCUGAGAAGGCGAAGAUAGAUGAAGCAGUAAAAGAGUUACUGAGAUUGAAAGCAGAAUUUAAAGGUAUUUUUGGCAAAGAUUGGAAGCCAGAUCUUGUCAUUGCCCCAGAACCAACAAAGCCAGUAGCAGCAGACAAUAAAUGUACAGAUUUAAAUCAACAAAUAGUUGAACAAGGCAAUAAAGUCAGAGAACUGAAAUCUGCUAAAAGUCCUAAGGCUGAUAUAGAUGCCGCCGUUCAAGUUCUCUUGUCAUUAAAAACUGAGUUUAAGACAUUGACUGGUAAAGAUUGGAAACCAGGUGUGGCAGUACCAACAACACAAUCAACUCCUGCAUCUACCCCACCAUCAACCGUUGAUAUCUCUUCACUCAAUACAGACAUUAAAAAUCAGGGAGAUAAAGUUCGAGAUCUUAAAGCUAAGAAAGCAGAUAAGGCGAAGAUAGAUGAAGCAGUAAAAGAGUUACUGAGAUUGAAAGCAGAAUUUAAAGGUGUUUUUGGCAAAGAUUGGAAGCCAGAUCUUGUCAUUGCCUCAGAGCCAGCAAAGCAAGUAGCGACAGACAAUAAAAAUAUGGAUUUAAAUCAACAAAUAGUUGAACAAGGCAAUAAAGUCAGGGAACUGAAAUCUGCUAAAAGUCCUAAGAGUGCUAUAACUGAUGCAGUUAAAGUUUUAUUAGAAUUAAAAGAAUCUUAUAAAAAAGCUACAGGCCAGGAUUGGAAACCUAACCAAGAAAGCAAUCAAGCACCAAAGACAGAGUCAGCUCCUAAAGUUGAACAAGCUUGUGCCAAUAAUUCAACACCAUCAGCUACAGCAGAAGCCUUGAAAUCUAAAAUAGAUGCUCAAGGUGAAAAAGUCAGGAAUUUAAAAACUUCUGGAGGAAGCAAGGAAUCUAUUGAUGCUGAAGUAAAAAUCUUAUUAGCUCUAAAAGCUGAUUAUAAAAACUUAACUGGAGAAGAUAUAGGAGGUGGCGGGAAUAAAAAGGGAAAGAAAGAAAAAGUAAAGGAGGAAAAACCUGGAAAAAAAGAAAAAGAAGUCAAGAAAAAAGAUCAGAAAAGUGCAGAAAAAGAAACUAAAGGUGCUGAUGAUGGUAGAGAAGUUAAGAAAAUAACCAGACUUGGAUUAGAGGCUAAGAAAUCUGAAGAUUUAUCUGAUUGGUAUUCACAGAUUAUAACUAAAGCUGAGUUAAUAGAAUACUAUGAUGUUAGUGGUUGUUAUAUAUUAAGGCCAUGGGCGUAUGCUAUAUGGGAAAAUAUUAAAGCAUUUUUCGAUGCUGAAAUCAAGAAGAUGGGUGUUGAGAAUUGUUAUUUCCCAAUGUUUGUUUCUCAAGCAGCUUUAGAAAAAGAAAAAGAACAUAUAGCUGAUUUUUCUCCAGAGGUUGCAUGGGUAACUAAAUGUGGAUCAUCGGAUUUAACUGAACCGGUAGCCAUUAGACCAACGAGUGAAACAGUCAUGUAUCCAUCAUAUGCUAAAUGGGUGAAAUCUCACCGUGAUCUACCUUUAAAACUUAACCAAUGGUGUAAUGUAGUUAGAUGGGAAUUUAAACAUCCACAACCAUUUUUACGAACACGAGAGUUUUUAUGGCAAGAAGGACAUACAGCUUUUGCUACUGAAAAAGAAGCAACAGAAGAGGUUUAUGAAAUCUUAGAACUUUAUGCCCAAGUCUACGAGUAUUUAUUGGCUAUACCUGUUGUCCGAGGUAGAAAAACAGAAAAGGAGAAAUUUGCCGGAGGAGAUUUUACUACAACUGUUGAAGCUUAUAUAGCUGCCAGUGGGCGAGCUAUACAGGGUGCUACAUCACAUCAUUUAGGACAGAAUUUUUCCAAAAUGUUUGAAAUCCAGUUUGAAGAUCCUGAAACUAAAACCAAAAUGUUUGCAUACCAGAAUUCUUGGGGUUUAACAACAAGAACUAUAGGUGUUAUGGUUAUGACACACGGAGAUGAUAAAGGUUUGGUUCUACCUCCACGAGUUGCUCAGAUACAGGCUAUUGUGGUACCAUGUGGUAUCACAGCUAAUUUACCAGAAGCUGACUUAAAUAAUUUAUUGGAUAAAUGUGAUGAAUUAUCUAAAUUAUUAAAAGCCAAUGGUAUAAGAGCCAAAUCUGAUUUAAGAGACAAUUAUUCACCAGGAUGGAAAUUCAACCAUUGGGAAUUAAAGGGUGUACCAAUUCGACUAGAACUUGGACCUAGAGAUAUUAAACAAAGUACAGUUGUAGCUGUAAAGCGUAAUACUGGUGAAAAACUUACUUUAAAACAAGAAAACAUUUCACAACAAAUUAAAGAUAUACUAGAAAAUAUACAAGACAGUCUAUAUCAAAAAUGUAAAACAGAUAUGGAAACAUAUAUGGUUGUUAUUCAAGAGUGGGAAGAAUUUUGUAAUGCUUUAGACAAAAAGAGGAUCAUCCAAGCUCCAUUCUGUGGCAACAGUGAUUGUGAAGAUAAAAUUAAGAAAGACAGUGCUAGAGAAGUUCAAGUAGAAGAAGGUGCACCAUCUAUGGGGGCUAAGAGUCUUUGUAUACCUUUUAAACCACUAGCAGAACUAAAACCCAACACUAAAUGUGUUCAUCCAGCAUGUAAAAAUACUGCCAAGUUUUAUACACUAUUUGGCAGAAGCUAUUGAAACUGUAGAAUAGAAUUUCUGCAAUGCUCACUUUACUUCUCAUAUUUCUUGUAUUUAAGACUUUACAUUGUAUAUUAAAGUUUCAUUGAGUAUAUAAGCAAUCCAUAAAUCAACCUAAUUACUGAUACCGGUAUGUAGUUUCUUUCAUUAAAAGUUAAAUUUACAAGAACCAAGUACUAUUUUCAGGGCCUGAUUCAUCUAGUGUGUGGCCUGUGACAUUUUAUAAAGGAGAAAUAAAUUAGGAAACAAAAUAUAUAGAUACCUUACUACCAUUAAUUACUCUGUUAAAAUAAUAACCCCAAUUAAAGUGAUAAUUGGCUAAAAUUUGUGACACAGGGUCCACAGCAUUUGCUACUAGGAUAAUCCAGCACUGAACAUUUCAUAACAAGACUCAAAACUAUUUCAAAUUUAUAAAUCAUGUACAUAAAUCUAUGUUAAAGUGAUAACACUGCAUAAAGUCAUCUAGCGUGAACACAUAUUACUGUC